UCGUUACAUCUUGUUUAAGAAAUGUUUAAUUCCUUUUUAAAACAAAAGUAGGAGUGAUUAACUCCCAAAUCCAGAAAUGUAGGAAGGGAACACGUCUUAAAUAAAUGUUUGGAUUGGAUGGAUACAACUUCUUGUUGAAGAAGAAGGGAGCACAAAAAAAGCAGAGAUGAUUUCAGCCAGUAAAUUAUAUCCGUCUGAAUAUUGGGAGGAUUGUAUCGGAUCUUUUUUGUCUUGUGUAAACGAAAUAAAUUACGAGACAGAAAUUUGGUACGUAAAACAGUAGGGUUUGUAUCCUGGUGUAGUAGAUGGGAAAUAAAUGGAACAACUACAAACUCUUGGCAUGGAAGAGCGGACCACCCGAAUACAUAAUGCAGACUUGAUAAAGCAUAUGAGAUCCAGAUUGUUACACAAAAUGUACUGCGUGUACUUUCACUUCGUCAAGUAUUUAUUGGUGGGAUUGAAAAGUUAUUGGGGGAGUCAGAUACCGGAAUCAAUCCCUCCUCAUAAAUAAUUCAAUAUGUACUGAAUUUAUUUCCUAUAAAAACAUGGAAUAAAAAAAACUACCAAAUGCAACACGACCUUUAAUUCAUAUUCAUCUUAUAACAACAACAUUUGACUUUAAAUUGGAUUAUUCUAUGUUCUAGUGGCAGUUCAGAGAGAGAGGGAAAAAACCCCUUUAACGGAUGAUCUGACUUUGACUUUCCAUUAAAACCGAGGAAAACUCUCUCAUGUUCUGUUCAAUGUCUCGUUGUGAUGAUUCUUCAAGUUAUUCUUAGCUCGUAUUUCGUUUCGUUGGGGUUUAUUUCAUGCUGUUGCACUUUUUAAUGUAAACCGUGCCUAUGCGAUGUUACAUAUGUAUGUAUGCAUUCAUGGUGUGUAUCGUGUGUUGUGGUCGUAUUAUUCAUUCUUGAUGAUGUUGAGGAGGUUGCAUUCUGAGCGUUUUGUUUAAGCUGGGAAAUGUUAAGUUAAACACAGACCAAGGAAGUGAGUCGAUUUGCUAACCCUUUGCUCGGCUAUUUGCUCUUGAAUACGGGGUGUGAUCGGUCGCUGGGUUAAUCUGUAAUUACAACAUUUCAUUGGAUUUCUGUGGAGAGAGAACAAAAGGCCAGGAUUUUCCGGUAUUGGGCCGAGUUUUGGGUAGAGUGUGGAGGUGGAUGGGUGUAAAGCUUCGUCUGGGACCGAUUUUCAUUAUUCUUUCCUCACCAGUUUGACAGUUCGGUUCGUUUGGAUUUAAUUUAUAAAUUGUGCCCGUGUGUUUUGGGAUUGGUUUGUUUUGGGAGGAUUGUGUUGAAAUUGAAUGAGAGUGACAGGGUGUAAUUAGACUCGGCUCAUUUACAAGUACACAUACUGAAAGAAUUUAAAUGGUGUCGUUGUGAAGGAAUAUGGGAGGAGGAGGAGAUAUUAAUGUCCGUUAUAAAUCGUGGUGACAGAAUAGAUUUGGUGGGAUCGAUGUUUUUCAGUGGGAAUCAAAUAAAUCUGUGAUUUAAAUAAAUAUAGUGUUAAGAGAUCAUAUAUGCCUAAAGAAAGCCAAGAAAUAAACACUUUUUGGGUUAAAAAUCAAGAAAUUCUUAUUUGGAUGAUAAUCCGGAAGUGAAUUACGGAAUUUCUGAUGAAAACUGUUUUCUCAUUUUACUUCUGACACAUGACAAGUUGAAUGAGUGACGGUAACAAGAAACCGUUUACGCGUUGGGCAGGACGUGAUAUAACUUUUCCCUUGAUGUCAACCAACUCAAGCUGCUGCUGUCACCUUUAUUUAGACCGUUCGUAAAUACGUAAAUACACCACGAGAUAAUAAUUUCAAGUGAUGGAUUUCACAGCAAAAAUUGAACAAGUUUUGAAGAAAGAUGACGAAGGGCAGACGAAUUUGACCAAGAAUCAUUUUAGUAAAGGUUUCGAACCCUUGUUUAUCGUGGAAGAUGACGAAGAACGGCAAGAAUUUGAGAGGAAUGAAAGACUCUGUCGGGUUGGAAGUUCGUCUUCGGAAGGGUCAACGGAUAGUGGACAUAAGGACGACGAAAACAAUAACUUGAGUCGAGACGAGAGUUGUGGUGGUGAUGAAAAUAUCGUGACUUCCAGUAACGGUGGGGGUGGUGGUGACGACUUGGAGGACAUUGAUUUAGAGACGAUGAGCAGUGGUGACACGACAACAAGUGAAGGCGACGAAGAUAACACGAGUGAAGAACAUAAUAAAUGUGAAAAUAUGGAAAAUAAUUACGGGUUGCAAAAAAUGCCAUCAUACGAGUUCAAAUUUGCUAAAAAACCCAACAUGCCAACGAGUACAACACCGGCUGCUGCUGGGAAUAGCGGAACGACGACGAAUGGGAAUUCGGAUAAUGCUACUACUGCGACGACAGGCAGCAGUGACGACAUGGAUAAAUUGGAACGUCUCAUUAAUCUGUCCAUAUCUCUCAACAACCCGUCGAAGGAUGGUAAUAAGAGUCCUAUGACGAGAGCCCUCAGUCCGGAAGGGAGAGCAGCAGUACGCCCAACUUCUAGUACAACUUCGUCAUCAAGCGGAGGCCUAUUUUCUGGGCUUGGUGUGAAAAAUCCGUUCAAUUCGAAAUCCCUCCUUCCCGGAUCGAUAACGAAUAACAAGAACAAGUCAACACUGCCCCCAAUCCCCCCGCCAGAUAAGGCAACCUCAACUACCACACCAACUAAACCGAUCCGGGCAUCAUUAACCUUGGGGUCGAAAACGAGACUAAAAAGUCCUUCCCGUGCCAAACAAUCUGCUCCAUCAUCCUCAGUCACACUAACCCUGGAAGAUUUUACCGCAUUGGCGACAGGCGUUCCAACCAAUCGCCCCAUUCGAGGAGGAGGAGGUACAAAGCAGCGAUCUUCUGCAUUCAAGCGAUAUGCAAAUUCUCUCCCGGAUCGAGACCGGGUAGCGACAACUUCUCCCGUCGCAUUUGACAUUAAUUCGUUCCUCUGUCAUAAUCAGGGACCGAUAGAUUUCUCCUCGCUACUAGGAGCACCUAGCAAUAGACCCGCAUCCGGGUAUCAGAACAAGAGUUUGGCAGGUGGAAGUGGAGGCAAGCCUACGAAACACUGCAGAAAUAAGCACUUGUGGGGGCAUAGUCAAGAUUUGCAGAGUGAGCGUGAACUUUCUCCCAUGACAUCCUCCAUGAGUGCACAAUCGACAUCUUCAGCCAACCGACAUUCUUCGUAUCAUCCAAACCCUCCGAAUUUUGCGGGCGAAAUUUCUCCCACGUCAUCGGCUGCGUAUAAUGUGGCGUAUAAUGCUGCCUAUAAUGCGGCUUACAACGCUCACAUGUUCUUCAGCAGACCAACGAGUCCCUUGGGGAGUGGGUUCUUUGAUUCUGCUGGGGGAACGAGUGGUGGGGGAUUAGGAGGAGGUGUUGGGCUGGGAAGUUUAGGAUCGUCUCCUGAUUUUGGGACGUUUUGUCAUUCCUGUGCAGCAAAAACGUUUCCGAGGAUGCGGAGCGGUGGUGGUGGUGCGACGAGUGCGCAUCAUGGAAUGUGCGUGUGUUGUUUGGAAAGAGGAAAGGGGGGUGGUUUGGGGGGUUCACUACUCGGCCUGGACUAUGAAGAUAGACUUCUUCGCCUGGAAUCUGACAAAGAAACGCUACACCUCCAAGUUUCCGUCCUAUCCGAUCAAAUAGACGCACAAACUGGAAAGAUUCAGGAUCUUGAGAAAUUACUCGAUGACAAAAAGAACGUAUUAGAAACUACGGAAGAGUCGCUACAACGAGAACUUUUAACGAGAUCUUCACUAGAAACGCAAAAGCUUGAACUUCUCACAGAAUUAUCAAGUCUUCGAUUAAAACAAGUAUCUCUCGAAAGAGAAAAUUACGAGUUAAAAGAAAAAUGUGGGGGAAGCGGAAUGAAAUCUUCUUUGAGCGAUUUAAAUUAUAUCGAUGGAGCCCCAAAUCGAAACGUGGUUUGGGAUAAGCCACCCGUUCCAGCAGCGAUGAAUGGUGGAUAUCGGUCCGGGUCGCCAGCAAGUCAUCUCACGGCUGAAGGCCAAAGAUUGCGACUUGGCAGUGGAGGUGAUCACUUUGGUCAAGUUCAAAUGCCACAGAGGACCAGGACGCCACCGGCAAACGCCUACCGACGAGUAGAUACCACUUCCUACGGUGGCACCGUACCUCGCCGAUCCGCUGCGGCUGCACCCCUGUCGCUUUCACCAGAGCAGAAUUAUACUACUGGAAACGGGAACAAGAAGGGGACUUCCUUCUCGAGUGGGAACAUUAACGCCAUUCACUACAAUAAUAACUCGACUUCCGGUAAUAAUAAUUGUCCAUCCCCACUUCUUGUUGGGUCACCGAAUCCCAAUUAUUUCCGGAGUUUGCAGCGUGGCGUGAAAAAUAAUAAUUCUCCGAUGCGACAAAGCUCAAGAAAUAAUGAUAGCACGUUUUAUCCCAGUCUUCCCAGAAGACAGCAUAAUUAUCAAAUGUCCGUGUUUUGCGAUGAUUUUCGGGGUUUAUGUGUUGAUGAUGAUCGUGGUGUGGUCGCUAACAAUACUUUAAUAAUGGGUGGUGGUGGUGUAAAUAAUGAUGGUAUGACUGCUGGGGUGGUGAAAAUGGCUUGUUCACGGCGUGACGAAGAUAAUGCUGACCAUGGUGGUGGGAAGUAUGGCAGGACUUCUGGUAGGAAAAAUCAUAGGAGCACGUCCACUCCGAAUUUAGUUGAUAAACAUGCUUGCUGGGAACGGAAUAAGUCCAGUGGAAACAUUUCUGGAAAUUACAACGGGACUGGUCCUCCUCCAUUCUCCAUAGCGCCACCACAACCAUUUUCUUCCAAAGAAAGUAAACCUGGUGGUCACAAGUCUAGAGGAAUUAUGAAGAUCUUGGGCCGAUUACGACGCUCAAAUUCUGGUGGAUUAGAUUACAGUGAUCAAAUUAGUCCAGCAGAAGGAGCUCCACAACAACCUCUUGGACCAUUUGUGCGCGGUGGUGCGAUCCGAUCUACUGCACAACCUCGACUUGGUUGGGCGAACAAGGAGUCGACCCCGCCACUAAAAAUGCCUGAAGGUGACAUAAAAUCCUGGGAUUCCGAAGCUGUCAUUAAAUGGCUUAAUUUCAUCGGGCUUGGAGUCUACGCCGGAGAUGUGAAGCGUUGGGUCAAAACUGGUCAACAAUUGCUUGAUGCGAGUCCGCACGAAUUGGAGAAAGAAUUAGGAAUCAAGAAUCACCUCCACAAGAAAAAGUUGGUCUUGGCCUUAACAGCGUAUAAAAAUCCAGAGCAGGAGGACAACUCUGGUCGGUUGGAUUACAACUGGGUCAUUCGAUGGCUGGAUGAUAUUGGUCUUCCCCAGUACAAGGAAACUUUCACCGAGGCGAAAGUCGACGGGAGAGUGCUCAACUAUUUGACGGCGGAAGAUCUAGUCUCGUUAAAGGUGACAUCACUCCUUCAUCACGCCAGCAUCAAGAGAGGAAUUCAAAUCCUCCGAAUUCAUAAAUUCCAUCCGGACUGUUUAUGUAGAAGGGGAGGACCGACCCCCGGGCUGCGCGGGAAUAAUAAAAUUAUCGGGAACAAUAACGGCAGUGGGGACAAUAGUUAUAGUUCUGAUGGGGGCUCAGCAACCGGAAGUGGUGGUGGUGGAAGUCUGCAGGUGGCAUCUUGGACAAACCACCGCGUUAUGGAAUGGUUGAGGGCGAUAGAUCUGGCAGAAUAUGCUCCAAACUUGCGAGGCUCCGGAGUUCACGGUGGACUAAUAAUUUUCGAGCCACGUUUCAACGCCGAGUUGAUGGCGACUUUACUUUCCAUCCCGGGAAACAAGACCCUCCUGAGGAGACAUCUCUGCCUUCUGAUUAACGAAUUGGUUGGGAGGGAGAUCGUGGGGGAGAAAAGAAGGGCAGAAUUAGCCUCUGAUUUUGUCCCGAUUAAUCCCACAAGCAAAGUUAAGAUUGUCAAAAAGAGUCAAUUUCCACUCCGUCGAAAACGUGCCAGUACAGACUAUGCUCAAGAAGAGUUAUUAUGCCCAUUAGAUUUGUGUGUUUUUCCGUACGGGAGAUCCGACUCGGUUGGACAGCUCUCCUCUCUUGACAAUUCAUUCGAAGGGAGCAGUCCAACCGGUCCCAUUAAUCCGAACUCGGACAAUAAAGAGAAAGUGAGCAACAUUUAAAAUCCACCUGUGGCCAAAAUGUUGGUAGACUGUCAAACACAUAACCCAGCCAAAACCGUCUUCUGUCUAGUUUAAUAAUUAUCACCAUUAUUAUUCCAUUCUUGUCUGUCGUAAGUAACAAAGACUGGAAACGGAAAGUCAAAACAUGUCACGUCGGAUGUAUCAUCACUGUGUCAUUCUUGUUUGUGCUAUACGUGUCUAGUGUCAAAUUUGCGCAAAAGUUAAGUAACUAACCUACUCCGACAUCAUUUUCAACAAUAUGCAUAAAAAGUACGUCGUUAACCUUAACAAAAAGUCUGAACUUUUCCAAUAAUAGUGAGGUGAAGGAAAAAUGUGCCUUCUUUUUCAAUCUGCUUCCAAAAAUGUCGCCUUUUCCUCCGCGUCCCAGGGAAUAAUGGGAUGAGAAAGUGCCAACUUUUAUUACGUAUACGAUUCACUCUUUUUUUCCUAGAAAAAAAAACUACCUGUCAAACUCUAUACAACAAACAACGUGUAAUUUUUUCGCCUUCUUGCCAGACAGCCACCCAGUAAAUAGAAAGAAGAAGCAUUACACAUUCGCGAAACAUGACGAUUUACAAAGGGAGAGAAAAGUUGUAAUGAAACACAGCUCUCUAGAGAAACCCCGCAGCUUAAAACUGUUCCUAUUAGCAAAUAUAAUAGACUUUUCACCUGUUUGUUUCACACUGUGCUAAAUAAUGAGACGGAUGGAUUUUUUUAGUUAGUUUAGCUAAUACUUUUUUUAUGGUGGUACGACGACUCACCGAAAGUACACAUACUUAUUUAGAAUCUCCGUCAUUGUUCCGUUCUUCUACAGUCCUAUAAUUAUCACCCAGUUCAAUUAUAUCUCGUCAUGUCUGUGGGAGGAGGAAGGAGAAGCGGUAGUAAUGUGCAAAAAAGUUUUUUAUUGAUGGUAAAUUUUAGAAAAAUGUUCAUCGUACAAUUUUCAUUAUAUAUGAUUAAUAAAGUUGAUGUAGUAGUUUUUUAGGAGAGAAAA